GGCUUUCAGAGCAGAUAGAUCGUCUCCACGGGCGGACUGUUAUGGCGGAACCUUCAUCGCGGAGAGAGGAUGAAGAAUGGCAGGAUUUUAACGAAUUUAAGGGCGGAACGGGACGGAAUUUGGAUGUUAGCGCGGAGGAGACGCGGCUGUCGCUGCUGCUGCUGCUGGACGAGCUUUCAGACGCCGAGAGCGCGCUUCAGACGGGCGCGUUCACGUCCACACACUUCGACGAGAACCUACAGCUGUGCUUUCAAGAUGUGCACUCGAAAACGGACGCAGGAAAUGAACUGACGUCUUUAAACGAGGAGACGACGCUAAAAUGCGACGAGAUCUGGAGCGCUCUGACCGAUAAUUAUGGCCACGUUAUGCCGGUGGACUGGAGUCAGUCUCGAGUGCGGUCUCUUCACCUGUCAACACUGAGUCUGGAUGACCGAGCGCGGCUGGAGAGUGUGAACCUGGACGUGUCUGAUGAUGAGGAGCUGCGGGAUCAGAUGGACAUGCACUCUAUCAUUGUGUCCUGCAUCAACGAGGAGCCGCUGCUCACUGCUGAACAGGUUAUCGAGGAGAUCGAGGAGCUCAUGCAGGAGUCACCAGAGGUGGAAUCAGAGCAAAACGUUUCACACUCAGGCGUCUCCUUCAUCUCUCAGAAAAGAUCUCACAGCAGCCAGAUCUACGAGGACCGAGUGAGGCUGAUGUCCGUGCUGGAGCUGAACGAUGAGCUGGAGGACGUGGAGACGGCCAUUCGAGGAUAUUCAGAGGAGCUCAUCCACCAUCUGGCCACCAGGGACGAGCUGGAGUUUGAAAAGGAGGUGAAAAACAGCUUCAUCUCGGUGCUCAUCGACGUACAGAACCGGCAGAAGCUGCAGCGAGAGAUGCUGAAGAAGAAGAGGAAAGUGAGGAGCACGUCAGGAUCAGAGAGACUGCCGUCUUCUCGCUUCAGCAUGGAGGGAAUCUCGACCGCUAUUCAGAAUGGUUUUCGGCACACUUUUGGGAAUGGGGGCGGUGAGAAACAGUAUGUAACAACAGUCAUUCCUUACGAGAGGAGAGACGGUCCACCGUCAGUCCAAGACCUUCAGAUCUUUACCAAAAUUUUAGAAGCCAUGAGAGACGACAGCGAUAAAGUCCCAAGCCUCCUCACAGAUUACAUCCUCAAAGUUCUCUGUCCCACCUAGAGAGAGGAGGGUCUCCUGUGGUCUGCGGUUUCACAAUCGUCCCUGCAGGAGUUCGGUUCACUGUGUUCCUCAGAUUGCAUGACAUGUUUGGCCUGAUCUGCACCUCUUCUGUUCUUCUCUGCAUGUUUUUCAGCACAGGUUUGCAGUAUUCAGUGUUUGUGUGUUUCCAGAUCUGUAUUUGAGGACUUGUGCCAGUUGUAAAAUCAGCUGGGCACCGGCAGAAGUUGGUGAUUUUGUCUGUAUGUGCAAGACUUCUGGAUCAUCUCAGUUUAUAUAUAAAUAAGUCAAAUUAUUUAAGAAGGGCAGCAGAUGAUAAAACCGUUUUUUAUUCUGAUUGGAGCUCGGGCCAAAAAUCAUUUGAGAAAUCCAUUCUGAGAUUAUGAGAAAGCAUCGCUAUUCUGUCUUAUAUCUAAUCUGAGCUAAGUUUUUAAAGUCUACGUGAAAUCAAAAUCUUCCUUCAUUUUGUUAACAACACCAAACUUUCAAUGAUUCAGUUGCUUCCCAAAGGACAAAAUAGGCUAGUUUUAACAGCAGAUGACGCUCUAGGCUACUUUUAACAGCAGAUGGCGCUCUAGGGCAGUU